AUGGCCCCCUCAAAGCCGUUGGGAGUUAUAUCUCCCGAAGAUCAAACCGGCCUGAUCCUCAUUUUGACCGCAUUGUCACUCUGCUUCGUUCUUGUCGCCUUUGCAAUCCGCCUCUAUAUUCGAGUUCCCCAGAGAUUGUGGAAGCGGGAUGACCACGUUUUGACAGCUGCCACAGUCCUAACGCCCUUUUGGGUCUUCUCCAUUGUUCAGACAUCGCUCGUCUUCUACGCCGUUCAUCUGGGCCUGGGACAGCAGAAGGUAUUCGAGGGCCAUUCGCCCAACAGCGAUUUGGUCAAGAAGUACUAUUUUACCAAUGACUUCUUCUACCUCAUCGUUCUGCUUUUCUCCAAGCUGGCUGUUUGCUUUCUCUUCCUACGGUUGACGCGCCGGCGAGGACAUAUCAUCGCAAUCUACACGACCAUCGGGCUCUGCGGUGGCUGGUUUCUGCUGUCCAUCCUUUUGAUCAGUAUUGGCUCUUCAUGGGACCGGGCCUUUUCCACGCCGUUUGGCAGGUGGCUCGCUGUCGGCAUCACGGAUUCAAUUACGGAGCUGAUCUUUGUCCUGUUCGCGGCUUUCCUGGUCAGCGACCUGCGUAUGAGCAAGGUUCAGAAAGCCACUGUGGUGUUUGCAUUUGCUCUUCGGCUUCUGGCGGUCCCUGCCUGCGGAAUCCGUCUGUACUACCUCGACCCUUCCACUUUGUCCGGUAACCGCAACCUGGCCCUCUCGUUGGCCAUAGUCUGCACGCAGAUCCAACUUGGCUACGGGGUGAUGGCAGCCUCAAUCACUGUCUUGAAGCCUUUCAUGGCCGUCUACGAGAAGCCCAUGGGCUACACGGGCUAUUCCAACCAUCCGGCCAAGGGCUACGCGACCAACAACAGCGGGCACCUGUCUUUCAAGAUGCAGCCCGUUUCACGGUCCGAAAAGGUCAUGCCGGAUGGAUUAGCCUCGCAUGCAGUGAAUUUCGACCCUAACCAACCCACAUUCUCGUCGCGCAUCCCAACAGCGCAGAAGGAGAAGAAAGGAAGCAACGGACACGAAAAGAGUGACAGCAUACACAGCCAUGACAGUCGGCGCUUGAUUAUUGAGCGCAAGACGGAUUGGUCUAUCAGGUAUGAAGAGGCGGAGAGCCACAAGAGCAAUUUCAGCGAGGGUGCUGCAUCUGUCUCUGAUCGUUGA